AUGGCACUCUUAACACCCCAGGGAGUAAAAAAAGUCUUCCAAUUUCAGAAACCAGAAGGUAGGGAGCACCUACGGAGACUGUUGAACUGGGAAGAGUUUGAUGAAGUGAGAGACUCCCGCAGAAGCAUUCUGCUGGAUACCCUCUACGAAAGCAUCAUCUUUGCCGUGGGCAAAGGUUUCCCAUGGGUGGAAGUGGCCAAGGUGGUCAAGUUCACGGAAGAGCUGCUCAAGGAAACCAAAGGCUGCUCCAUCACUGAGGCAGUGACAAUCCUAGGGAACAAACUCAGAGAUUACCAGGGACAGUUCAAUACCACCCACCUGCUGGCCCUCUGUGACUACUUCCACAACACCUUCAUCCGCCACUACAAACUCUACCAGUAUGUCCUGGGCCAGGACCAGGAAGUCAACCUGACUGUCAACCACCUGGAAGUAUGUGCACCGCCCCAGCCCCUCCCGCUGGCCAAGGGCAUGGACAAGGACAUCUGGCAGCUUGAGCAGCAGAUGGCGGAGCUCCGUAAGGCUGAGGUGCAGAAACGCACCAAUGUACUGCUCCUGAAGGAGGCGCUGCACCUGGAGCAGGAGCACAAGCUACAGAAAACGUUCUCUGAGGUGUCUGAGCAGCCCAGCCGGGUUCUAAAGAGGGAGGAGUUAGAAAAGCUCAUUGAUGAGGUCAUUCACAUUCAGACUGAAUGCCUGAAGGAGCUGCUGCAAUAUGAGAUACAGAUAACUUUUGAUAUUUUGGACCUGAAACUUCAGAAGACUUUGAACCUCAAUGCUCCUAUCCCUUCCCCCCUCUCUAUCACUGGCCAGCCAGGCCAAGAUGAAUCUCUUAAGUUCUACAAAACAAACAAAGGAAAGAAAGCAAAAGCAAAGAAGAAGUAG